AUGGCAGCUGUACCCCGAUACUCUGGGAAAGUGGUGGUGGUAACUGGGGGUGCUCGCGGCAUUGGGGCUGGGAUCGUGAGAGCCUUUGUUUUCUCCCUCUCUUUGUUGGCAGUGGACAGUGGAGCUCAAGUGGUUUUCUGUGACAAGGACGAGGCGGGGGGCCGGGCUCUGGAGCAGGAACUCUCGGGCACUGUCUUCGUCCGUUGUGAUGUGACUCAGGAAGGAGAUUUGCAGACUCUGAUUUCCGAGACCCUGUCUCGGUUUGGCCACCUGGAUUGUGUGGUGAACAAUGCCGGCUACCACCCACCUGCGCAGUGGCCUGAGGAGACUUCUGCCCAGGACUUUCGCCAGCUGCUGGAGCUGAACCUACUGGGGACAUACACCCUAACCAAGCUUGCCCUCCCCCACCUGCGGAAGCGCAGAGGCAACAUCAUCAACAUCUCCAGCCUGGUUGGGACCAUCGGCCAGUCCCAGGCAGUCACCUACGUGGCCACCAAGGGGGCAGUGACAGCCAUGACGAAAGCCCUGGCCUUGGAUGAGAGCAGAUACGGUGUCCGUGUCAACUGCAUCUCCCCAGGGAACAUCUGGACUCCACUGUGGGAAGAGCUGGCGGCCUCCACUUCAGACCCCAGUGCCACCAUCCUAGAAGGCACCUUGGCCCAGCCCCUGGGCCGCAUGGGCCAGCCAGCUGAGGUGGGAGCUGCAGCUGUGUUCCUGGCCUCUGAAGCCACCUUCUGUACAGGGCUUGAGCUUCUUGUGACAGGGGGUGCAGAAUUGGGGUAUGGGCGCAAGUCUACUAGGAGCAGCCUCGUGGAAACCCCUAGUCUCCCACCCUAAUUCCCACUGACUUAUGUCCUACCUAUCUCUCUUUCCUUUUCCUUUCUUUUUUUUUUUUUGUGUAGUACUGGAGAUUAAACCUAGGACAUUUUUUUGUGCUAGACAGAGCUCCACCACUGAAUGAUACUGGGGUACCUCACUGGGGGUUCUAGGCAGGGGAUCUACCAUUGACUCCCUCCCUACCCCCUUUGGAUUACUGGGUUGUGGUUUCUUUCCUUAAAUACCCCUUCUCCCAGCU